AAGCGGAGACAGACUCACACACAGGCUGAGACACACAGACUCACACACAGGCUGAGACAGAGACUCACACACAGGCGGAGUCACACAGACUCGCACACAGGCGGAAUCACACAGACUCACACAGACGGAGUCACUGACUUGAUACACAGUCUGCGGAGACAGACACGCGCACACAGAGACGUAAUUCAACUCGGAGACACGCAGACCAAGAGACAGGCGGGGGGACAGACACAGACACGCAGUCUUCGUCUGAGACACAGACAACAACAGAGACGCAGUAGACAAACAACGAUAAGACGGAGAGAGACACGGAGACACGGAGACAUCGAUGCAGUGAAGAGGCGGCGAGACGUCGGCAGACAACGCGGACAAAGCAGCGGGGAGACAGCGAGGCCGAGAGACAGCGGCGGAGACGCGCGGAGACACCGCGAGAGAGACGAGGAGACGGGGUCUGGGACAGUCUCCCUAAAGACUGAACUGCAAGCGACUUAGACUCUGCUGGACCGACCUCCGCCAUGUGCCAGGUGAUCGUCACGUGCCGCUCGCUGCUGUGGACGCUGCUCAGCAUCGCCACGGCGUUCGCCGAGAUGGCCGCGUUCCUCAGCACCGAGUGGCUCGUCGGCGAGGAGGCCGGAGCCGCCGGCGUCGUCGUCGCCGCCGGCGGCGGCGGAAUCGGCGGCGUCGUCGCCAACCGCUCCACCGCCGGCGCCGCGCCGGCGGACAUCCUCGGUCAGCCGCCGUCCCCGGCGACUCACCACCGCAACCACCACAGCCAGCACCGGCAGCACCGUCACCACAACCACAGCCACCACAACCACCACCAGCUGGACGACGCGGCGGCCCCCCACCAUCUCGUGGUGUCGCCGGUUGCCGCGGGCGGCGGCGGCGGCGGCGGCUCGUCGUACCGGCCCUCGCUUGGCGUCUACAACCGGUGCCGCAUGGUGCGCCCCGCGGGGCCCGGCGGGGAGGCGGAGGAGUCGUGCGGGCCGUACGCCGCCUCCUUCGGCGAGCUGGCCAGCGGCCUGUGGCAGGCGAGCGGCGUGUUCCUGGGCGCGGCGCUGCUGCUGCUAGCGCUGCUCGCGCUCAGCUCCGUGCUCUCGCUGUGCGUGCAGAGCGUCGCGCGCAAGAGCAUCUUCAACGUGUGCGGCCUCGUACAGGCCGUCGCCGGCCUGCUGCUGUUGCUGGGCCUAGUGCUGUACGCCGCGGGCUGGGGCUCACCACGCGUCCGCGACCUCUGCGGGCCCAGCGCGGGCCCCUUCCGCCCGGCCUCGUGCUCGCUCGGCUGGGCCUUCUACUCGGCGCUGGGCGCCACCGUGGGGGCCUUCGCGUGCGCCAUGCUCUCCGCGCAGGCCGAGGUGGCCACCUCCAGCGACGAGGUGCAGGAGGCCAUCGACGAGGGCAAGACCCUCAUCUGCCUGCCCUGAUGACGACGGCGCAACGGCGGCGAUGGCGGCGGUGAUGAUGGCGGCGGUGAUGAUGGCGGCGGCGAUGAUGGCGGCGGCGAUGGCGGCGGUGAUGAUGGCGGCGGCGGCGAAUAAGGAUUCCACAUUUCUGCGGGACGUGAUAGGGACGGUGGUGGUGACGACGACGAUGACGAUGAUGGCGGUGGCGGCGAUGGCUACCAACAUUCCCUGGAGGCGUGACGCGUAGGGGGGACCACGUGGGGAUGAUUAUGAUGAUGAUGGCUGCCAGAAUGUCUUGGAGGCUCAGCCAGGUAACAAUGAUGAUGAUGAUCGUGGUUUGUGUGUUCGAUGGAGGCCGCCCUCCGUUACUCCAAGAGUGGCAUCACACGUCCCAUCUCAAAUAUAAUGUGAAAGGGCACCCCCAGUGGCAGCUGUCCCUGUGUGGUGCAAGGAGGACUCAGCGCGCCUGGCCUGCGGGCAGGCAUCAGUCUGCCAGUGGGGGGGGUGGUGAUUGCUACGCGGUCUAGCCUACGGGCACCCCCAGUGGCAGCUGUCCCUGCUGCUGCUGCUGCUGUCACCUCUGGCUAGCAACACUUCUGGGAGGCUGAACAGGGAUGGUAACGAUGGCGACGACGGUGACGAUGAUUAAGGCCGCACGGUUUCUGGGAGGCUCAACCACGGACACACGGAGGGCAGCGAUGAUGGGGGUCACGGGCGAUGGCGAUGAUGGCGGGGCAAAGCGUGGGUAUUCGCUUUAGUUGGGGGUGGGGGGGUGUUUGACGGUCGAGCGAGAGGACAGCUGCGGCGGUGGCGGCAGCGAUGUAACACGGUAGCGCAGCAAGUGGGUUGCUUACCUGCUGCCCAGCCCCAUCCCCGCGAUGCACUAUCGCUCGUGCGGGACGCCAAAAGUCCGUCGAUUCUGGGCCCGUUUCCUGGACUUCGCCGCGGCGGACGCAGCAGGCCCACCCAGCCAGCGACAAGGUCCUCUCGCGGACCUCGAGGCGCGUCUCUCUCUCAGCGCGCUCGGCCACGGAGCAGGACCCUCCCGUAAGCGAGCCAUGAGACUCCUCGUUGAGGCUCGCCACACACACCCCCUCCCUCCCCGAGGCCUCUCUCUCCCCGAGUGAAUGACAUUUCUAUAUGCACACACACACACACUUUUGAUGUUAUCGUUGUUAUUUAUUUUGUUCGUGUUGUAGAAUUUUAAAGUUCGCUCGUCACACCCCCCCCAUCCCCACCCCCACCCACCGCGCGCGCAAUUUAUUCGCGUUUGGGAGAACGUUUCGUGGUCUCUGUUUCGUCCUGGGCAUUUCGCCGUUGCUUUGACGGGGACCAGGAUGUCCGUGAUUUAGCCCAGCGACGAGAAGACUCUCCGUUGCAUCUCGUCAAGCGCGACUCGUACGUUCCACGGUGGCGUGACGGUGCCAAGUCCAUCCCGACCCAAUAGGCAACCACUGCAAUAAACAACAACAACUGGUGAUUCAUGUUCUUUGGUUCUUUCGGUAAAGUCACGAAGAUAAUAAAAAAUAUAUAUAUAAACUAACGACGUUUCAAUCGCAACACAAGCGGUCGUCAUCA